UGCUUAUCUAACAGCUGAGAGAUAACAGAAGUUUUACAAAUGUGUCAGUGGUUCGUGUAACUUUCCAAGUAUUGAGUGCAUUCCUUCACAAAAUAAAUCCAUUAGCCUAAAGGAGACCAUGUCUAGAAAACGGUGACACGAGACAAGAACAAAUAGAAAUAUAAUGAGUUAUCAACUACUCCACAAACCGAUAGUCUCAAAUUGGACCAUGUCCAGGUAUUGCAAAGUAACACUGACACUCAUUGGAAUUAUCAUCGGACUUUUAUUCAUAUUUGUACGAUCGAGAGAGUACAAACUCAGGCAGAUCUACAAACUGCAAAACGAGAUAGCUGACAUCAUAGAUUUCGAAAUGGAAUACAUGACGAGAGAGAUCUUCACCGAAGGUGACAAAUGGCUACCUGUCGCGGGCAUCAACGGCCACAUUUACUCGGCAUAUUUUGACCCACGCCCCGAAGUAAUCCUCAAGUACUCUCGCUCCAGUGCGAAUACCUUUGGCGAAAUAUUCAUCGUAGCACUGCUACCGACAAACACACAAAGCCAGCAUCUCACCUGCGUUCUUCAAUUUGAAGACAACGAUCGACAAACCAUUUUCAAGAAAAUCCCAGCCCAACUGAGAAUUUUAAACGACCACUGGGAUCUAGAGUACUCAGCAUUUUUCAUUAUAUGUGACCUGACGUAUAAGAACCUUGAGAAUGCCUACGAUUAUCGACAGCUUCCAGAAGCUGUUCGAAUUGUCCAUCACCACGAAGACGAUGAUAAUGGACAAUUCGUCGAUAUGCAUUAUCCAAAGUAUGGGAUGAAACAAUUAUCUCAAGAAAAAAGUGAUUUCAUGGCUGUGUGUGUACCAGUGCUCCAUCACAAUUUCAAUCGUGCCCUGGAGUUAAUCGAGUUUAUCGAGUACUACGAGAUGAUGGGAAUCAAUCACUUUACCCUCUACAACUCAUCAGUCACACCUGAGGUAGACAAAGUCCUCACGUAUUACAGAACAAAACUGACAGCGACUAUUCUAAACUGGAAUUUACCAUCAAUUUACGUUUACGAGCAAACACUAAGACACGAGGGUCUCUUUGCAGCCCUCAACGACUGCCUCUACCGAAAUACUCAUCACCAUAGUUAUAAAUACGUGGGUACAUUUGAUGUCGACGAGUUCCUGGUACCCAGACAGCACGAUAAUUUUCGUGAUCUCAUGAGAGAUCUUGAUUUGUACCCCAAUCAGAACGACUCCGCUGGUUUUAUAUUCAGAAAUGUUUAUUUUUACACAAUGUAUCCGGACAAUGUGGCGUCUCGCAAAAAGGUGCCUUAUCUCUACACCAGAGCUAAAACAGAACGCUUGAAGAUGCCUCACGAGCCCGGAAAAAGGAGUAGAUACGUCGUCCGGGGUAAAGACACUGUGGAAAUCGGUAACUACAACAUCUGGGAAUUCCGCGAGGGCUCUCUCAUGUCAUCGGAAAAAGAGUUCAAAGAGUACAUUGUAAAUCCGGAAACGGCUCUUCUCCAUCAUUAUGCCCCAUGCGAGGCUGAAGAGACAGGAUGUUACUUGAAAAGCAUCGAGACAGACGAUAUCGCCCUGAGAUUCACCGAGAGGCUAGCAUCAAGAGUUGAAAAAACAUGUUCUACGAUAUUUGGAGCCGACGGAUGUCCACCACCGAGAAAAAGAAUUUUCGGCUCUGAAUAAUUAAAUUAUCACAUUGUAAAUAUCGAAAAAGAGUUUCAUCGCAUCAACCAAGAAUUUUGAAAUCACCCUUUCAUAUUCCACGAAUAAAUUAAUACAUAAUAAAAAUUAAUGGAGUGAGAAAGAGAUAAAUCAUGAAAUUCAUCGAGACUUCACGAUAAAUGAAGAAAUUAAAAUAACACCGGUAAGAUAUAUCUCAGUAAGUCCUACACAAACCGUGAGUUGUUGAGUGCCCUUUAUUCUCAGGAGAUAAAGGAAACAUAAAAGUAGAAUAAAGUUUGGAUGGUUUAGUGGACCUAAAACUCCACAGAUUGCGGUAAGAGGUAAACACUCCAUUAAAAGAAACUAAACCAGAUAAAUAUAAAAAUGCAUUAGGCUCACUGAGAAAGUUAUAAUUACACUUUUAAACUCGACUAAAUUGAUGGUAUGGCCCUUGUAAAAAUUCUAUCUUCAUUCCGACACGUAAGGAAUUAUUAAUAUGUCCCUGAACUCUAAUUCGGUCAGUGAUAUGUUUUGGCGAAUGAUGAUAAUAGACUAUCGACUACCUUGACUUGUAAUUCAAGUACUGAAUGGACUUGAUUAUUACCCCAAAUUGAUAACAACUCGAGUAAUU